AUGCGCAUUCUGUCGGCCCCAGGAUCAUCCUCACCAUCAUCAUGCUACCGCCGCCUGCUGUGGGGGUGGAGGAGGGGGAGGGGUCGCUCACACCGGAUUGCUUCUUUAACCUCUCUACGCUGUAAAUCAUCCCAAACCGAUGGUGCUGCUCCCUUCUCCCGGAGUCCCCCCUCUCCAUCUUCGUCUUCGUAUUCGUCCUCCCGCACCGCCGCUGCGGAUACUCCACCAAUGAACAGCAGCACAAACCUCAAGAUCGGCCUCGGCGCCCUCGUCACCGCAACUGUCCUUGUUACAUUCUACCAGACGCAAUCCCGCCGGCGCAAAUCCCCAGGGCUGCAAUGCGACAGCACCACCGAGUUCCCCGCGCUCGUCAAAGUCACGCCCGACCUCUCCGCGCAGCUCCAAGCCGAGCAGGAAUCCGUUAAGCCGCUCCCGGCGCCGGACCCCUCCGACCAAUCCGUCACUGCCGCGGCCGCCGCUGAACAGGAAGACGCAUCCUCAGACUACCAGUGGCUCAACUUCUCAUCCAAGCUACUGGCCGCAAAGGAGAGCAUCAUCAGCAUCGAGUGGGGCAAGCUCACUGACCUCACCCACGUCUUCCCGACAUGGGCCGUCGGACUACCGGAAUGGAUUACAAAGCUGCAGCGCGAACUUAAUAUGGAGCCUGGCUCGCUGGCUGGCACGCUCUGGGAGGAGGCAAAGGACCCAAAGAUCACGCCCGAGAUCGAGUGGGAUGCGCGCGUCCGGCAAGGGAAGGACCUUUGCGUGGAAGAGCAGGAAUUCCUUGCCCGCCGGCGCACGCACACGAAGAAGGCGCUCGCCAGCUAUCUAGGUAUCCCCGAGGCAGAGAUCCAUGAGGACGACGUACCGGUGAUUGCGAUCACGGGGAGCGGUGGUGGGCUCCGUGCGAUGGUUGCGGGGACGGGGUACUAUCGUGCGCUGACGCGGGCGGGACUCUAUGACUGCGCAACUUAUACGGCGGGUGUAUCAGGGAGCUGUUGGCUGCAGGCACUAUAUCUAACGAGUAUUGGUGACUGUAAUUUUGACAAGGUGCUACAGCAUAUCAGGGAGCGUAUCUGCGUGCAUAUUGCGUAUCCGCCCAAGGCGCUCGAGCUUCUGACGGCGCCGCCGGCCAACAAGUAUUUGCUUAGAGGUGUGGUAGAGAGGUUGCGGACAGGAUAUUCGUCUUUCGGCCUGGUGGAUUUGUAUGGCCUGCUUCUGGGCGCGAGAUUGUUGGUGCCAAAGAACGGCGAGCAGCCAUUGCCGAUAUAUACAGCGGUCCGUCACGAGAUUCCAUUUGUAGGCGGAGAGAACGAGAAGAACGAGAGUAUCACAGAGGAGGUCAAGGAAAAGGCCAGUAAAUCCGGUGAAGCCUGGUUUCAGUGGUUCGAGGUAACUCCAUUCGAGUUUUUCUGCGAAGACUUAGAUGCCGGCAUCCCAACUUGGUCUAUGGGCCGCCGCUUCGAGGGCGGCGUCAAUGUCGACCGUGAAGUGCCAGAAAUGAAACUCCCGCUACUAUUCGGCAUUUUUGGAUCUGCGUUUUGUGCGACGCUGAGCCAUUACUAUGCUGAGAUCCGCCCAUUUGUCACGUCGAUCAAUCUAUUUCUGGCACUCGACAAAAUGGUGCUCGAGAGAAACAACGAUCUGAGCAAAGUCCAUCCUAUCGACCCCGCGCAGAUGCCAAAUUUUGUCAAAGGCCUAAAGGAUUCACUGCCUGAUACGUGUCCAGAAUCUUUGUACGAGUCUGAGGGCAUGAAGCUGAUGGAUGCAGGUAUGUCUAACAAUCUUGCAUGCUACCCGCUUCUCCGCCGCGGCCGCAACGUCGAUAUUCUCCUGGCAUUCGACUCCUCGGCCGACAUUCAGACCGCCAAUUGGCUCGGUUUCGCCGAAGGUUACGCAAAACAGCGCAAAGUCCAAGGCUGGCCCGUGUCCAUUGGGUGGCCCAAGGAAGAGGAUUCCGACUCGACCAUUCUAGAGGAACUAGAGGGUGCGCAGGCACACUCGACCUCAGAGGCAAAAGAGAAGCUCGAGGAAGCGCAGAGGGAGGAUGAGGAGGCCGAAGCAAGCAAGUCACCUGCCACAAAGACAGAAGAGGAGAGAAAAAAGAGCGCGCUUGGAUACUGUACCGUUUGGGUUGGAAGCAAGGAGGAGAGGAGCACCGAUGAGGAGCCGCCCCCAAGUAAGGCCGUGGAGGAGGAUUGGGAGUUGAUGGAUCCAGAUGCUGGGAUUACUGUUGCUUAUUUCCCACUCAUUCCAAACGAGAAAGCCCCUGGCGUGGAGCCCGAACGGUCGCCUUAUCUCUCAACGUGGAAUUUCGAGUGGACACCGGAAGAGGUUGACAAGACGGUAGCAUUAGCGCAAGCAAAUUUCGACGAAGGUGCCGAUAAACUUAAGAGAGCAGUUAGGGCGGUUUAUGAGAGGAAGAAACGGUUGAGGUUGAAGAGAGAGGCAGAAAAGAGUGAAGCAGACCACGAAGAGACUCAGAGGAGGCAUAGUAUUCAUGAUCAUUUCUCAUGA